AUGCGAGUGGGAAUAGGUGUGUUAAUCACCUAUGGGAUCGCGACAACAAACUCCUUGGACCUGUGGUGGUCUCAGACGGCCGACAACCUGGAGCCAAAGGAAAAGGUCACCCAGACCACUGAUGGUUGGUGGCCGUCAUGGGAAUGGCUUGAAAAUGAAAAGGGUGAAGGGAGUCCAAAAAAGGGCAAAAUCCCAGAAACCCGCCAAGAAAGUUCCAAGUCUUGGGGCUGGUUUCAAAGCGCCACCUUCCUCGAGAUGGUGUGGGGGCUUGGUUGGUUCUACAAGAUUGGGAUCAAGGUCUUCCUUAGGUUGGCGGACAGUAGUCUGACCUACUGUGGGACCCUAUGUGCCUCGCUCGGAUUCGCUGCACGCUGGAUGUACUGGCUCGCUGUGGCUGUAGUGGGUGUGUUCCUACUGCAGCUGGGAGUGUGGACUGUAACUUGGGUUCUGUUUCCAGUCCUCCGGCACUUCCUCGCUUUGUGGCGUUACCUUCGUGGUCAAGGCACUUGGCACGAUGUGGUCAGCCUCCAUGGGGUCGGAUCCUUUCGGCCAGAGUGGGUGGGUCCGAAUGUGGGUACACCUUGGACGGCGCAGUACGUGCAACAACAGGUGAGGGCGAGGAGUGAAAACCGAGAGCCCUUGGACCUCCUCGUGUCAGACGGGGCCGCAGUGGCGAGGCUUCGCCACGGAGCCCUCAGAGGACGCACCAAUCGACACGGAUACUUGGCAGUUUGCACGGAAGUGCACUCGAGCUCGCAUCGCUACUGGCGCAAUCAGCUGGAGGUGGCCAGUUGCAGGGUCCACUUGUGCUCUGCGUCUCCUUGCACUGCUCCGGAAGUUGCAGACGUGCAUGCCCCACUGAGCGCAGUAGUAGCUAGGACCGUUGAAGUUGACCUUCGUGAAGCAGCAGGUAAAGGACCCAUGGCGCGUUGCUGGACGGUGACCACGUUUUGGAGUUGCAUUACUUGCAGACUCCUUAGUUGGGCGUGCUGCUUUGGGUGCAGGGUCUGUCGCAGAAGGGGAUCGGUGGGUUGCCGGAGGCGAGCUUCUCGCCCAGGCGGCCCAGGACCCCAAGCCCAACGACACUUGCACGUCGACUCAGAGACUGAAUCUGAAGGAGGAGAAGAUGAUUACCCUUGCCAGGCUGAUCAGAUAGCCCUUGCGGCUGUGGAUAAUCAAGCUCAGAGCGAGCCCCUCUGCCUCGGUCCUUGCAAGGACGCGGCUAGGAAAACUCCCAUCAAACUCCUACAACCCGACGAGGCUGUCAGUUGUAGAGAUGAGUUGAAGGAAGAUGAAGAAGGGUAUCACUUCUAUGCAUGUGACAGACAUCGCGACAAGUAUGUCGUGUCAAGAGCCCUGAGAGGGUGUGCCGUCGAAGGUUGCAACUCGGCGGCGCGGGUUAUGCACCGAAAUGUCAAGUUAUGCAAACUCCAUGCCGCAAAGGAAGAAAAGCGUCCGCCACACGUGCCAAGAGCCACUUUGAAUACUGGAAAGGAGAGCUUGGAAAGUGAGGAGCCGCCGCCGAACAAAUCGACCCAGGAGUCAACCGUGGCGGCCGCUGAGCCAGUCAAGGAUGGCAAAGCGAGCCAGGUCCUCGCUGACUACGUCAGAAGCCGAAGCCAAGGGGGGAGUGACUCAGAAGCGAGAGCUGCCUGCGCUUGGGCACUGCUAUCAGACCAGACAGCUAACGUCCUGAAGACCACAGCUCAGCAAUAUCUCACACGUCUGCCAGCCACGUUUCCGGCGACUAGUCGAAAGGCGCUCGAAGAUCUGGCAAGACCGGCACUUGUGGAUCCUGUUCUUCAACUUGAAGUUGAUUUCCAAGGAGACGCUGGCAGGCACCUUCCGAGUCUCUCAGCCCGGAACGUCGUCAGAGAGGAGGAGUCUGAGGGCAGGCCUGAGGCGCGUUUCGCGCCCGGGCCAGCCCCGGGAGGACCUCCUGCUACGCCCAGCUGGGACCAUACCCAUGGGACCUCGGGAGCAGCCGCUUUCUUUCGGCCGAGAAAGCCGGUGAGCGGAGCCGCACAGGGGGCUUUAGCGACACUCGCCGCGGCACCACCGACGUUCGAUGGAGCGUCCUCCCUGGCCAUUUCAGCUCGACCUUGGAGGGCCGGUGCUUUUACGGACCCAGAACCCAGACCGGUCGAUGAUGCGACCAAAGCUUUGCAGACCAUCGCCAAGGCAGUGUUGAGCAAAGAUGAGGCCGCGGGUCAGGAAAGGGGAAAGGUCAGCAGCAUCGGAAAGACAGAAGAACGCCUAGUCUUCCUUGCUCGAGGCUGUGACGCCUUGACUGUGCCGGUGUGCGCGUCCACUGUCGGCAAAGAACUUUUCCACGCCCUCAAAACUGCAGGUUCACAAGGCCGCCCUCAGAUGCGGGCACUGCAGUUCCCAGUCAACGUCAACAAUCGAAUUGCCUUUGGGAUCGCAUCUAUGAACAUAGGUGGGAAGGAGGUCAAGUCCUUACCGGAAUUUAGUCUCUCAGCCGCGGAUUUCCCAUUGACGACAGAGGCAGACUUCGACACCUUUGCUCCGCCGACGGAUUUCAAGCUUGAGAAAAGACCCAGGGGACCGAUUACCCUCACUGCCUGGUUCAGAUGCGCCUUGAGAAUGGCCUGGGCCCUUUCGUGCGCGUAUGGGACUGAACACUACCCGCAAUGGGAAGCAGCUGCAACCAAGCUCCUUCGUUUGGGAGAAGAAGUUGGAUAUGCCUGGCCUCUUCAAUGGAUCGCCAAUGUCUGGGAAGAACUUUGGAGCCGAUACGUGGAAGAGUUGAAACAGCUUGAUCGAGACCUCCGGCGACAAAUGGGGGAAGAAGCACCUUCGUUCGAAAGGAUCAGGUUCUUCGCUACGGCUCCCGAUGUGGAAGGCAACCCGUGGCUAAGACUGCCCCAGACGUUCGACCUGGACUCAGACAGUGAAUUUUUCCACACUGACAUCUUGCCCCGGCACAACCGUAUGCUCUCAAGGACUUGCUGGCAGCAAGCCCUAAAAGCCUCCAGCCUCGGCCUGACACCAGCAGAAGGGGGUCGAGCAGGCGGAGAACCAGAUCCCAGGGCGGGUAAGCCGGCAAAGGGAGAGACAACCGCGCUCCUCGGUCCACCGCUGACCACCAAAGAGGCCUCUCGGUCACUUGACCAUCGUCCCAAAUGUAGGGAAACAGGAAAGUAUUACUGUUGGGAUUUCAUCAGUCACAGAGGUUGCAAGCAGGGCAACGGGUGCCCGCACCAACAUCCCAAAGCUGGCAAAAUUCCCAAAUGGGACACUUUCGACUGGUCCAUUCAGAUGCAGCUGCUUCGCCGCGGCGGGCUCCGAAGCAACAAAAAGCUAAGCCCACUGGAGGUUGAGGCAGCCAUUGUGGAGCUCCGCAACAGUGUCACUGCCAAGUCGGCCGAGGGGAAGGCACAAGCCAAGCCAUCUCCAGCUGGAAAGGACAAAGACAGGAAAGGAGCGAAGCCUACCAACACUGCGCCUGCCGCGAAAGUAGGCCAGGCACCACCGCAGCCACCUGAGGAGCUCCUUCAAUUCGCCCCGACCGACGCGGAAGCGGAACUCGCUGCGUGGACCAAGGGGGCCGAUCACACCUGGUACCAGGAUCGGUCGCCUCCGGCAAUUGCCGAAAUUGGGCCAGACAUCCGCGAAGCAACCAUGGCCAAACCUGAGGCGCGUCAUCGCGCCCAGGUUAUGGCCCAAGUCGAAAAUGUCGGGAUUCCAGCCUUCCCGCAGCUCCUUGGAACGUACGUCAGGGGCUGCCUCCUGCGUGAAAAAGAGCAGAAUCCUACUUGUGACCUGACGGCCAGUCAUGUCACUGCUGCCCUUGAAGCGGCUAGGGACCAGGGGGGUCCUGAACUUGCUGCUCAAGCCGCAGACGCCCUGAGCACCUACGGGGAUUACGGCAAGGUCGGCAGCACCGCACCAGCGACCCUCAGCCCUGUCAGUUGGGACGGAUUGAUCGGGUAUGGAACGCUUGAGUGGCAGUAUGGCACCUGGCAGACCAUUGAUUUCGGAGACGAGCUGUCGCUGCCCGCAGACUUCGUUCCGCAGCUUGCCGGCGCUGAGCCAAACGCCUCCGACGCUCCGGAACCCAAGCAGUGCCUUCUCCUUCACAGCUGCGCUGGAGUGCUCCUCGCAGAAACGGGCAUAGUGCCCGAGCCAGAGGCUGUCGAGACGUUGGCAACGUCGGUGCGACAACGACUACACGGACAGGCACACGAAGCCCAAGCUGCAUUGGGGCCCACGCCCGACGAACUGUCACGCGCAGAAGCUGAUCUUCGCAUUUAUGCACAUGACCUGCUGCAUUGGGGGCACGACAAGGACUAUCGGUGCCUCGCGGCGUUCCCAGACCCGAUCUUUGCACCUUAUGCCCUUGCUAUUGUCCGAGUUGACCACCGUGGCAGCACUGCCCUCGAGGUCCUGGUUGGCGCCAACCACGAUUCCAGCCCGGAAUCCACCGUCUGGCUCCUUGUUUCGCAGGGCCAUAUGCGCCUGCUCCAUCCGCCGCGCCCUUUUGUCUGGCCUGCGACAGCACGUCAAAUCCAGGCGGUCGGCUGGGAGCCCCACUUGGAAGCAGCUGGCUGCCCCGAGGCUUGGUAUCGAGCCCGGGACGUCCUUCGCUGUCACAUUUGUCAGCCCAAAUAUCCGCCGGAACGUCGCUCGGGGUGGGGCAUCAGUGUGUUUGGGCUCAGUCCGUUGGCACCCCCAGACAGCUUCGCGCCCAAGAUCGGGCAGACGCUAGACCCUCCAUCGGCUUGUGCCCAACUGGCAAUUACCCCACCCGCGGACGGACCUUGGCUCUUGUGCAUCGGGCCCGACGUUGCCGCGCUUGCUGCACGCCUCGCUCUCACUGGUCUUCAGACCAUUUCAGUCAGUGACCACGCCUUCGACCAGCUCUUAAAUUCCUUGUCGGUUCUUGAGCACCUGGUUGCCCUCCCGGGAUGUGUUGGCCUUUGGCUCGAUCUUGGCCACCCAGUGGUCCUGGCUUGCGCACCAGACCUCCCAGGGGACUUGCCCUCGUUCGUGGCUGCCCUCUUUCGCCCUGAGGCGCGCUUCGCGCCCGGGGCCUGUAGACAAUACUUCGAUUUCGUGAGUUCGACUCCCUACUCCCGUGGGGCCCUGGGCCACGCCGCUACCUUGGGCAGUGCCCUGCUCGAAGCUACCAAUGGUUGGAAAGCGGCCACGCAGAUUUUGCGUAAGGAAGGCCAGCAGAAGAGAGGGGACCACUUCGCUGGCCUCCAUGAAGCUUACCUGGAACCCCUGGUCCACCCUUCACUGCUCGAGGAGGCCCGACGCACUGCUAAGCAUGGCGUUGAGGUCAGAGCUCAUAUGCAGGAAGGAGAGCGAGUUCGGGCAAACCCCCAUCCCAGCCUGAAAGGUCAUCUGGACGAGGCUGCAGAGCAAAUUUGGCAUGAUGCUCAGAAAGGAAGGGUCCUCAUCGUCGUGGACCAGGGGCAAGAUGGCCUCAGAGGUGUAGUCUCCGCGCCCUUGGCAAGAGUCCCAAAGUACAACCCAGACAGAACUGUGAGCAGCAAGGGAAGAGUGAUUUGGGACGCCACGGCCGUGAACAAAGUUUGCACCAAGGAGGACCACCCCCCAGCUCUUCAGCCUCGCCAUUCUGAAUUGGCCAGGUUGCUCCUUUGGUGGGCCUCCCGAUACCCCGCUCUCCCCAUUUUGCUUUCCAAGAAGGACGUCGCUGAAGCGUUCAAAUGGAUACCUGUGUCUGACGACGAUGUCAGGCUGUUUGCCGCUGACCUCGGAGGAAAGGAUUUUGGACAUCCAGGGAGCACUAUAGUGCUGGUGUACAACGUCCUCACCUUUGGAUGGAGAGGAGCGCCGGGCCAGUUUAUGCUUUUUGCCUGGACAAUCAAGUCUGCCUUCCACAGCCUGAAGCCCAACGACCCAGAGUGGAAUGACGCCACGCCCUUCAGAAGCCUGGUACUUAUGGAUGACACCAUCAUCUGCGAACCAGACAUAGGGCUUCGCCCGCACUACGCGGUGACGGCUGUCGAAGAGCUCACACGGCGAGUGUUGGGCCCGGAGGCAAUCAAUCCCGCCAAGGAUGCAGAAGAAGGAGGGCUGACAAGUUCCAAGCUCAUCUGGGGCCUGCUCUAUGAUACUGAACAAGGCACGCGCACUCUCCCUCCAGUGAAAUUAGAAAAGGCGAGCCACCUGCUGCGCCUGGCGGAGUUCGACCCGGGGAACACCAAGGUCCCAUUGCGCUUGCUUCAGGAACUCAGAGGAAACCAGCAAUUUUGGAUAGCGGCCAUGCCGGCCUUGGCACCUCUUCUUUCUGCUACCAAUGCAUUACUGGGUCCUGCAGACAGCGAUGGGUACGCACGUCCCAAGGGCUCUCCCGCAGCCCAGGCUCGUGCCUGGCAAAGGUUUUGGGAAGCCGUGGAGGUUCAGAGGCUGCUUGUCGAAAUGAAAAGCGAAUGGACCACUGUGUUCACGCACCCGCUGGUGGAAGCUUUGUCCCUUCAGGAAGUCCUGGCCCUCCCGGGCCAGGCCAAGCAAGUAAUCUGGGCAUCUGGAGACGCCACCUUGGAAACCAUCGGAGCCGUGGAUUGGACCAACAGGGCCGCCUUCUCACUCAAAAUUGCGGAAUUGGAGGGCCCCUUGAGGACCUUCGUUGAGACUUCGAAGGACGAAGACCCACAGGAAGCCGAGGGAGAGGGCAGUCCCGAAGAAGAGAUUCUGAUCGUGGCCGUGACUGAACUCCUUGCUCUCGUCGCUCUGGCCUCCUCUCAGCGUGAAAAGUGGAGGGGGAAAGUGGUGAUUUAUGCAGGAGACAAUCAGGUCGUCAGGAGCUGGGUGCAGAAAAGGACGGCCCCCAGGGCCAUCGCCGCCUAUUUGCUCCAACUUCUGUCCGUUUUGGAAAGUGUUUAUGGUUUCCGAGUCUACACGGCGUACAUCCGCACUUACCACAACCGCACUGCUGAUGAUCUCACCCGCCUGGACCCCCACUUGGUCUUCCAAAGGGAAGGCCUGCAGGAACUUGAAGAUGUGUCCGCUUACUUUCGGGUUUUGCUGGAUCGGGGGUGGCACAGAAGGGCCCUGAUUUGGUCUACCGAAGAGACACACCAGCAGUUGGCCUUGCAGCUGUCUCGGCUCAGGCAAUCGGCGCUCGAACGGGUGCCCGCGGGGCUCGCCAUGGCGCUGUUGGACAAGGUCUGUUUGGAGUGGGACUGCGACUAUGGGGCCUACAGCGCGGCCGUGCUGUCCCUCGGAGCGGUCGUCUACGCCAGCCACUCUGGUCGAGGGCACUGGCGCACCCCGGUCGAUGAAUGGGAUGGCCAGCCGGUUGACCUCCUGUUCGGACGCGUUGGCCCGAGAACCACUAGCGCGCAAGAGCUGGCCCGAGGCGCGUCUCGCGCCCGGGCCAAGGAGGUUUGGGCCGACACGCCGACUGAAAAAGAAGCAAAGGAAUGUGUCCAGGGGUUGGAAGCUCUGGGGUAUCAGACUCUCGUCAAAUGUGUGGCAGGCAGAACGCUGGAGGACCAGAUUUGGUGGAGGCGGUGGGUUGUUUGCGGGAAAAAGGGAGGGGCUGCGCGUGAGCCGCCCUGCCUUUCCGCGGAUGAAGAACCCCAGACCCCAGCCAAAGCUUACUAUGACCUGACUUGGCUGCAGCCUGACAAGCAGAUCCCGACCGACGCCUGGGUGUCGUGUGAAGUCAACCUUGACAGUGGCAUGCCACAUCUGGGGGCAACCUCGCCCCGACCUGCCGGCCAUUUCAAGCUAAAUGGCAAAAGGGCACUCCUGUGGGAGCCGCACCGCCCGUUGCCUUCCCUGCACCAACAUUCAUGCGCGGAAGGGAGACCAGACGCCCUGUUUCUCCUCGGCACAAGCACAAAAGGGCCAAGUCCCAGGCGCCUGAUGCCUGUGGAGGUGCAACGCCUGUGGGGUGUGAAGUCAGAAAGGUCAACCCUGUCCGACCAGGACGAAGCCGCCAAGCACGCGCUGCUCGAACCACCCACGGGGCUGGCUAAGUUAGCUGGGCUUUGGGCGGGGGGUGGAGCGGCGUGCUUCGCGCCCGCCACCCCCGGCGAUCCCAGCGCCACAGACAAGGUUGGAGUCUGUACCCUCCCGUGGGAGGACGAAGCUGAACGAGCCAUGCUUGGAUGGGUUGAACAGCGCCAGCGUGAGAGGGUCGUCGGCGGCAAAGGGUCGGGCAAAAGGUCCAGGUCGCACAGGGGGCCUGAAGGGCCCGCUCCGGCAAGAUCCGACCAGGGCAAAGGGUACAAAGGCAAGUCGGGGAAGCAAGCCGACUGGCAGUGGAACCGCGACCUGUCUGGUGCGGUCAGCCGGGUGCUAAGGCACGAAGGCGGCACGGAAGCCAACCCUAUGACCGAAGAAGGUUGGAUGCGGCUCAACGUGCUCAUGGGACACCCCCAGAUCGCCCGCUUGGGCGCUCGAGAGAAAGACCUGAGGGACCUGGUCCAACGGGACAACAAGCAGCGGUACACUCUUGCGCACCAUGACAACGAGGCUUGGGUGGCUGCGUGGAGCGGCCAUAGCAUUCCCUUCGUGGUCGGCCCAGCUUGGCUGCUACCCGAGGAUGCUGUCCCACGCCUCUUGGUGCAUGGAUCAUAUGCACGACACCAGACCAGCAUCAGCCAGAAGGGUAUUAAGAGGCACCGGAGAGACGUGCAUCUCCAAGACCCCAAAAACCACCACCGUAGAUGGCGAGCGGACCUCGAAAUCAAGGUGUUGAUUGACACCCAGGUGGCCAUGGUCGCGGGCUGCACCUUCCGCCUGACAGGAAAUCAGGUCUACCUUUGUGACGCUGAUAUCCCAGCUGCCGCCAUUGAAGGCAUCGAGCCGUGGGACAAUCUGCCGGGUGGAGACACGAGCGAAGGGAAAGUGGCGGGCCAAGAUGGCCCCCCCAGGCUUGGAGUCUGGGAAGUGGAUGCCAAGAGCGACGACCUGAAGCAGGAGGUCGUUGAGGUUGCCCAGACUCUGGCGGCGGCCGCGCAGGCAGCAGGAGGAACCGACGUCUUGGCCGUUGACCCGCAGACUCUGACCCACGAAGUGGUCAAGGAAGAGGUCGCCGAGGCGCGUUUCGCGCCCGUGGAAACCGACCUCGAAUCCGAACCAAAUUGGGAUGCUGAAGAAAGCGCUGAAGGGUCGAGCCUGCCGGUCACUGAGAAGGAAGAAGAAGAUAAGGUGACCGCACUAGGAGCUGGGUCCGGGCCUGCGCCAGAAGGACAAGGGUCGCAAGGGGCCAGCAAGGAGAGUGCCAUAGCCCCCGCGUCGGUCAAACACGAGGAACCGAAGGAGGAAAAGCUCGAGACCAAGGGCACCACUCAAGAGCACAGACCCAAACGGCUGCUGCUAGGCACCGCCAAGGUGCAGCUCCUGUCUCUUGUCGCUGAAGCAGACGCCCACAACUGGGAGAGGCUCACGGAUCGGCUCAGAACCGUGCAAGGAUCCGGAGAUGAGAAGGCCGAGUUGGUUGAAAGGCUCGAGGAGCUCGCUGAAGCUCGCUCCAACAGCCGCAAAGGGUUGCUUGAGUCCGCAGCCAAGGAAAGACAGAGGCUGAGCACUUUGUCCCAAGAGCAGCAAGAGUACCUCGGCCGGCUGUCGCCCGCUAUGAGAGAACUCGAAAAACGUAACCCUGUUGGUCCCACUACUGGCACGGCCCUGAUCACCACCAAUCGCUUGUCGGCUGACAUCGCCGCAGGUGUCCCCAUCUGGGUGGCGAGAAGGGCGCAGAGAGCACGAGAAAGGGCCGCGCGCAACCAAGCGCAAAUGCCCAAGGCCACCAGAGAGGCGGCAGGAUCGGGCCAGCGGGACCCAGAGGAGGCUGCCGAUCUCCUGGACGCAGACCUUCGAAAGGCCGCAGCUCGGGACCUCCGGGAGUUCCGACAAGAACUGUCAGGCCAAGGAAAGCAUCGGUCAACAGGGAGACAGCCGGAAUCGAAAGCCGGCAAAAAGCGCCGAAGAGAAGCCAAAAAGAAAAAGGCGCAGACCCCCCCGGCUCCCAAGGGGGCUUUGUGGGCAACUGUGGCUGCCGCUUCCGCCUCCACUGCCGAAGGGUACAGCAAUGGUGGGGUGGGAAGCAGCCCCCCCUCCUAUCUCCUAGUCCUGCUGCUGGGCCUUCUGGUGUGGGUGGCCGUGGCGCGCUUCGCGCCCGGCUCUCCUCGACGGGCACCGAAGAGAAUUUGCUGGUGCCUCCUACUGGGGGCCUUGCCGCAGGGAGCAGGACAGACCCACGAAGCAGAAGCUCAGAGAGCGGGGAAUGCCUGGGCCUGGGAAUUUUGGCUCCCCCUUGCUUUGGCAGCCUACGGGCUUUUAAGCCUUGUGACCAAGCUGCAGAUGGCUCUGUUCGGGACGUCGAAACGUCGGAAAGCGGCCCAAACGCCCGCGAGAAACGAAGGCCGCAAGAAAGGGAAACCGUUUCCUCUUGAGCCUGCUUUGGCGUGCACCCCACAAGGGGAGGCCUACCACCUUCCUACCUGCGGACAUGUGAAAGGACGAUCCCACCGGAUCCUGAGGCCAUGUUGCGUUUGCAACCCGUUGGUUGUUGCUGGGCGCAACGACGACGCUGAGAGGGACCGCAACCACGCUAUCGCGCAUCUGGAUACGCUACUGGCCGCGGCGAUCCUGAUAGCCACCGUUGUUUGCUGGUGGUGCUGCGCCUCCUGUUGUCAUGCCCGAUUCGCUCCUUCCAAAGAUGUCGGGGAGUGGCAGGCCGGGGCGAGAAUCCCGCCCGGCGCCUCACCCUGCAACCGGAAGAAUCCGGCUGCCGAUCCGGACCGGAAAGUCGGAGUUCAGAUCCGGCCUAGAAAACGGGUCCGCUUUGCUGCUUCCGCGACUGAGAUCCAGGAAGACGCAGCGGCCAAACCAAGAAGCCCGAGUGCUGGAAGCCUAAAGGGGGGCCCGGCUCAGGUCAAGGUCCCUUUCCUUGGAGGACCUUCCAAAGCAAAGGAAAUGAACAAAUCCAAAAGGGACUUCCGCCUGGCCACUCUGCAAGGAAAGGAUGAGUGGGAAGCAGAAAGCCUGUCGGUCAUGCUCAACCGGUACGCCCAGGCUACCCAGAAAGCCUACCAAGCCCAAUGGGUCUGGUGGCAACUCUUCUGCAAUCGCAGGGGCCUGUCACCUUGGCGCAACGUGCGCAGAUAUGAUGCAGCUGAGGAGCAGCUGCUGAUCGAAUUUGCCCUGCACACCGCGGUCAACGGUGACCGAGCACCUGGUACGGUCAAGGUUCGGCUUGCCGCCGUGAGAUCCUUACAUCUCACUGCGGGCCUUCCAGACCCCACUGCACACACCCCGCGUUUGGGCCUCGUCCUGGCGGGCCUCAAGAGAAGAUACGGCACCAAGGAGAGACGCCGACCCGUCACUCCAAGAAUGCUCUCUUGGUUAAGAGCGUAUCUACUGCAAGGAUCCCUGGCAUCACACGAUGCUGCUCUCCUCUGGGGGGCUGUGGCCCUAGGUUGGUUCUUCCUCCUCCGGGCAUCAGAGUACCUUGAUGUGGGCUACACUGAUCAGAGCAAGGGUCUCAAAGGCAAAGAUGUGAUCCUUAGUUGCAAUGGCAAACCUUGCAAGCUGCAUGACUUGCAAGCUGCUACCGAGAUCACCCUGCACAUCCGGGGAUCCAAGACUGACAUCUACAACCGUGGAGAAACAAGGCACCAUUUUGCAACAGGGCUGGAUCUUUGCCCCGUUCAGGCUGCCCGCAACAUUUUUGUUUGCUUUCCAAAUCGAUACCAGGGAGGCAUCGAAGAGAGCGAGCCACUCUUUCGUGAUGAUGAAGGAAGACCUAUUAGCCGAGAAGCCAUCAGUGCCCUCCUGGUGAAAGCCGCCAGAGCUGUGGGCGAAGAACCUGGAGAUCUGAAAACACACAGCCUCCGAUUUGGAGGCGCGUCGGCGCUUUGGGCAGCCUACAAAGACGCUGCCGUUGUGAAACGCUUCGGGCGUUGGGCUUCUGACUCAUUUCAAACGUACCUCUGGGAUUCCAAGGAAUCUUCCAAAGGUGUGGCUAUCAGCAUGGCUACGGCCGACCUUACGCCAGCCUGA